GCAGAACUCAAUCCCAUUGAGGUACAAACAUGGGGAAAUCUAGGUCUUCUAUGGCCUAUCUAUUGGCCACGGUUUUGGUAGCGACUCUAAGUUUGCCAUCGGUGUUUGCUGUUGAUUAUGUCUACUCUUCUCCACCGCCUCCUUACUAUGCAUACAAUUCACCUUCUCCUCCUGUUUAUCACUCUCCUCCGCCACCAAAAGUGAAGUAUGAAUAUAUGUCACCUCCACCUCCUGUUUACUAUUCUCCUCCACCACCUGUUUAUCACUCUCCACCGCCUCCGGUUUACCAUUCUCCUCCACCACCUGUCUAUCACUCUCCACCGCCUCCAGUUUACCAUUCUCCUCCACCACCUGUCUAUCACUCUCCACCGCCUCCAGUUUACUAUUCUCCUCCACCACCCAAGAAGGACUAUGAAUACAAAUCUCCACCACCACCAAAGAUGGAUUAUGAAUACAAGUCUCCACCACCUCCCAAGAAGGACUACGAGUACAAGUCUCCUCCUCCACCCAAGAAGGAUUACGAGUACAAGUCUCCACCACCUCCCAAGAAGGACUACGAGUACAAGUCUCCUCCUCCACCCAAGAAGGAUUACGAGUACAAGUCCCCUCCACCACCAAAGAAGGACUACGAGUACAAGUCUCCCCCACCCCCCAAGAAGGAUUACGAGUACAAGUCUCCACCACCUCCCAAGAAGGACUACGAGUACAAGUCUCCACCACCUCCCAAGAAGGACUACGAGUACAAGUCUCCUCCUCCACCCAAGAAGGAUUACGAGUACAAGUCUCCACCACCUCCCAAGAAGGACUACGAGUACAAGUCUCCUCCUCCACCCAAGAAGGAUUACGAGUACAAGUCCCCUCCACCACCGAAGAAGGACUACGAGUACAAGUCUCCCCCACCACCCAAGAAGGAUUACGAGUACAAGUCUCCAUCACCUCCCAAGAAGGACUACGAGUACAAGUCUCCUCCUCCACCCAAGAAGGAUUACGAGUACAAGUCUCCACCACCUCCCAAGAAGGACUACAAGUACAAGUCUCCACCACCACCAAAGAAGGACUAUGAGUACAAGUCCCCUCCACCACCCAAGAAGGGCUACGAGUACAAGUCUCCCCCACCACCCAAGAAGGAUUACGAGUACAAGUCUCCACCACCUCCCAAGAAGGACUACGAGUACAAGUCUCCCCCACCUCCCAAGAAGGAUUACGAGUACAAGUCCCCUCCACCACCAAAGAAGGACUACGAGUACAAGUCCCCUCCGCCACCCAAGAAGGAUUACGAGUACAAGUCCCCUCCACCUCCUAAGAAGGACUACGAGUACAAGUCCCCUCCACCACCCAAGAAGGAUUACGAGUAUAAGUCUCCUCCACCACCCAAGAAGGAUUACGAGUACAAGUCCCCUCCUCCACCAAAGAAGGAUUACGAGUACAAAUCUCCCCCACCACCCAAGAAGGAUUACGAGUACAAGUCCCCUCCACCACCCAAGAAGGACUACGAGUACAAGUCUCCUCCACCACCAAAGAAGGACUACGAGUACAAGUCUCCUCCACCACCAAAGAAGGACUACGAGUACAAAUCUCCACCACCACCAAAGAAGGACUAUGAAUACAAAUCUCCACCACCACCAAAGAAGGACUACGAAUACAAAUCUCCACCACCACCCAAGAAGGACUACGAAUACAAGUCUCCACCACCUCCCAAGAAGGACUACGAGUACAAAUCUCCACCACCACCGAAGAAGGACUACGAGUACAAGUCUCCUCCACCACCCAAGAAGGACUACGAGUACAAAUCUCCACCACCACCCAAGAAGGACUACGAGUACAAAUCUCCACCACCACCCAAGAAAGACUACGAGUACAAGUCUCCACCACCUCCCAAGAACGACUACAUUUAUGCCUCACCACCACCUCCAUACCACUACUAGAGUGAUAUCCUUCGCAUCCCUACUCUAAGUUAAAAGAAGAAAAUACUCAUAUCAAUAAAGAGAUGGCCUAAGGAUGAAUGUCACUACGUUCAAACAAUGGUCCUCCAUUAUUUACGUCGUGUGAUCCAUAUGUUCUUUUCUUUUCAAAUUUAGUUUCAUAUUGUGUAUUCAUAUUUACAUUAAGAAGUGAGAAAAUUUCAUUUAAUUUCCAAACGA